AUGCCUCCUCGUGCCAUCACCAGUCCUAAGAAGAAACAAUCUGGCAAGCACAAAGGAUCUGAUGCUUCAAAGGCCGGCUUGCCAAAGAAGUCUCAGGCUGCAGACAUUGCUGAGGUACCCAGCAUGGUACCCCUCGUGUCCCUCGGCCUGACUGGAGCAGAAGCUGAACAAAAUGCUCCCCGGCGUUCUGGUCGCCCUAACGUGGGAACUGGAGGUAGGAAUGCGCAACUGGAGAAGAUUGGAUCAGUACUGCAAUCUAAGCCUCGGACUCAAGAACAUAAGGGUAUGACAUCCCUUGGUCCCAAUAUUCCAGUCAAUCCUCAAGCCCCAGAACCGCAUCUUCCUCCACCCUACAGCUCACUCAUUAGGGAUGCUCCAGAUGCCCCAGCCAAGGAUAUCAUUGCCACAGGGCCCAGCUUUACAUCCCAGCAACCUGGUGGAAGGUUUGGAUUUGCUGCUCCAACAGAAAUAGCUCAUUCCGGUACUGCUCAGCCAAAUAUUCAGGCAUUGCACAACCUGUAUGUCACCAUUGGGGCGAAGGACGCUGAGCAGCGUGCUCGGGACACUAUUGCCGAGCAACGAGCUCGAGAUGCCAUUGCCAAGCAACGACAACGAGCUCAGGAUGCUAUCGCUGAGAAGCGAACUCGGGAUGCAAUUGCUGAGCGGCAUACCCAGAACGCUGUCUCUGAAUAUCCAGUGGUUUUGCCGAGGUCCGUCUUUCUGGAAGAGAAUUUAGAUCCAGCCCUACAUCAGCAUGAUGACACUGUUAGGGCUCAGUGUCGUCUGACAUCAUUUGAAUCUGAGGAUAGUGACUCUAAAGGCUGUAGCAGUGAUGACAGCGAUGACAGCGAUGAUAAAGAUGCUGAUGAAGAGGACAGUGGAGAGGAUGAUGAGGAGGAGGGGGGAAAUGACGACAUGGUCAAGAGCUCACAGCAGUUUGGUUGGGGGGAGGCUGGCCGAUGCCAGAAAGAACACCCAGGAUUUGUGGAGGAUGUACCACCUUCACAAUCUCCAGUCACUCGCUCUCUCACACCUGAAAUUCAGUUCCAGUACUUGCGCGAUGAAGAUGAUGUAGUUGCCCAGAUGAGCCUUGAUAAAACCUCGCGGAAUGAAAGCUCUCAGGACCCUCCAGAUAUCUCACCAGGACUGCAGCGGCAAGCGUCCCAACAUAUUGAGACCAUCACCUCGAAGCCUGACGAUGUACUGCAACACCACCAUAAGAAAAACGGAAAGCCACGUCUUCCUGACCCUGAAUCCCUCGAACUGCUGAAUCAAGUGUCUGAGUGUGAUGUUCAGCCAUCGAAAAACAAAAAGUCCAGGUCAUCACGUGGUGGGCCAACACCCAAUCAAUUAUCUUGGUACGGACCACACUGGAAAAUGUUUCUGGAGGACGCCAAAGUAGAAUGUCGUGUGCAACAUGCCCUGGAGAACUUGUUUCUAACUUUGGUGAAGAAUUUUUCAGGAAUAAUUACUGAAGUUUUUAUUGUAGUAUUGGUUGUGUGGGAUACAAACGGUAAACAAUUUGAAGCUGGGGUUUGGCCAGAACAAAAAUUUAAUAUGACUCAGUUGCUGUAUGACGAUCUUUCGACUUGGCGAUCUGACUUGAAGAAAACUGCCAUAAGCAUUGCACCAGUAUCAUAUUCGCUUAUUCCUCCGCUUUCUGUCCCCAUUCAGGAACGUGCUGCUUGGGUCGAGCACGCUGCUGCUGAAUUGAUCAAGGGAGCAUUCUUCUUACGCUUUGGGGUGGACAAUCAGGGGAGAACACAAAACUUCGCACAUCCCGCCCUUUGUGAAGCCGUCAUCAUAUUCUUUUACACAGGACCAUAUCGAAUCGCACGAAGGAUGCCGGAGACCUUUAGCAAGGAAUUGCCACUCUCAUGUUUGGCUUUGGUUGCUGUGGCAUUCAAUUGUGUCUUCGACGGUCUUGUGAAACACGGACAUGGGAAGUCAUACCCAAAUUUUUCCACCAAGGACUAUGGCCCCGUCUAUUGUCGGAUGCUCGAAUUGCUCAAACAUAUCCUUGAGGAUGUGUAUCAUGGACCUAGGCUGUCAGCUCAACUGCGAGAAUGGGCUGCAGCGGCAUGGGCUGCAGCUAUGAAUCUCGAAGGAGUUGUUGAGGUGAGACAUGACCACCUGCAGAUUCUUCUUGACUAA